GUAAUUAAAAUAUUGGUUCACAACUCCACAUUGAAUUACUACAAAUAAAACAAUCAUCAAGCAUUAAAUUUGGGGCGUGAGCUAGCACUAUAUAACCUUACAACAACAAAAUCAAAUGCUAAAUUAAAGCUAAGUUUCCCAAACUUCUUUAUGUCAUCCUUCUCCAUUUAGGUAGAAUGACAAGUUAUGACCAACCUUCAAGCUCCAACGAAGAAAUAUUUGCAGAAAAUAAUAAUGCUUCAACUUCUUUACAUUCCCGGUGCGUGGCCACACUGAAGAGCCCCAACUCCUACACCUCAUCCCUCGUACUCGCCGGAAAAUUCCUCUUCACCGGCUCCUCCGACAAAGAAAUCCGCAUGUGGAAGCGCCACCAAAAUCCCACCGACGACGACGACGACGUGGUGGUGGCCGGGAAAGGCGCGGUGAAGUCCCUGGUGGUUUCAGCCGACAAAAUAUUCAGCGCUCACCAAGACAACAAAAUCCGGGUAUGGAAGAUCAACAAUAAUCAGAACUCGGGUACCCAAAACUUGGCACACUUAGCCACGCUCCCGAUUCUCAGCGACCGCGCAAUUAAAUAUCUCCGGCCCAAGAACCACGUCCAAAUCAGACGCCACAAGACCUCCACAUGGGUCCACCAUGUGGAUGCCGUCUCGGCCCUGGCCCUGUCCCGCGACGAAUCUCUCCUUUACUCUGUUUCUUGGGACAGGACCCUCAAGAUUUGGAGUACCGCGGAUUUUAAAUGUAUACAAUCAAUCGAAAACGCCCACGACGACGCCAUUAACGCUCUAGCAGCGUCGCGAGACGGGCAAGUCUAUACCGGAUCGGCGGACAAGAAAAUUAAGGUGUGGGGAAAGCCCCACGGCGAUGAUGAGAAGAAGCACUCCCUGGUUGCCACGCUGGAGAAACAUAACUCCGGGAUAAACGCGUUAGCAGUGGAUAUGAAUGGUUCGGUUCUAUAUUCCGGGUCCUGCGACGGGUCGGUUUUGGUCUGGGAGAAGGAUUGCGGCGGCCGGGCGGUGGCGGCGCUCAGGGGGCAUGAGAAAGCUGUACUGUGUCUGGGUGUGGUGGCGGAUUUGGUGUGCAGUGGGUCGGCGGAUAAAACGAUAAGGAUUUGGCGGCAGAGAUGUUACUCUUGUGUGGCGGUGUUGGCGGGGCACGACGGGCCGGUGAAGUGUUUGACGGCGGCGAGUGAUUGUCAUAACGAGGGUGACCAAACAUCCUCGUAUCUGCUCUAUAGCGGUGGCUUAGAUGGCGACACAAAAGUUUGGGAGAUUUUUGUUCUUCCCAGAAAGUGAAAGUCUCCCAAAAGUUAAUUCCCCUUGUCAAAUGUCGGUGCAGACAAAGGAUCAGUUUUGU